AUAUUUGUUAGCCCGCAUUUAUUUUAAAUGUACUUGUGCGCGCCACCUGUUUUUAAUUAAUAUUUUACAAUCGGCGUGAUAAAAAGUCUAUGAAAUUCGUUUUUUUUUUUGGUUUUUGUUGAGAGUGCAAGAUCGUGCAUUUUGUGCGUGUGUGUGCGUUUGUUUGUGUGCUUGUGAGGAAGUUAUAGUUUAAUGUUGGUUAGCUUCAAUUGUCGAGCAACAGAGAAAAAAGAAAUAAAUAUAUAAAACAGCCGCAGCAGCAGCAACAACAACAAAGUGAUGCUGAUUGAUGUCACACACACCACGAAGGAAAAAAAAAAAAAAUAAAUAAAUUAUCACCUUGAAGGGGUUUAUCAAUUUCGCCAGCACAUAAAGAUGUUAUCUUGGAAAACCGUUUAGAGGUGGACCUUUGAGGUUGACAGUACUGCAGAUUUGCCAGCGCUCACAAACGGAAACGGAAGUGACGCCCGAAAGGAAAAGGGAAAGAGGAAGUGGAAGCGCAGGACAAACGGCUGAAUAAUGCAAAUUAAAACACAAUAAAAUGUAAAACACAAAUGACAACGGAGAACACGAGCUGCAAAAGGCUAAAGGAGCUAAAAAAAAAAAAAUAGCAAAAGGCGAAUCGGUUGACAUGCCAAAAAAAAAUGCGAGUGGCGGCAACUUUUCCACUGAAUUGAUUUGAUUUUCAGUCAGGAGUACAGCCGGAAUACGGAGCGUAUGCGCGAUACGUAUACGCGAUAUUUAGGGCGCCGGGGGAGCGGCGGAAAUUUGCAUAACUUUGCUGGCGUGGCAUAAACAUCAAAAAACAAAUUGCAAGUAACAAAGGGAAGCAAUGGUCAUAAAAACGGCGCCAGCCUCGUAAAAAAUACGUUACAAAAAAAAAAAAAAAGUUCACGCAAAACCCCCGUUCUUUAAGUGAAAAUUAAUUUAUGCAGCAAAUCAAAUACGGAUAGGGAAGAAAUAUAAAAGUAAUCGCUGGCCGUAACAAUUAAGACAGCCGAGGGCAGAGAAGAAAAGUCGGGAAAAGCCGGGAAAACGCUGGAAAAAUCAAGAGCAGCAGCAGCCGAAAAAGGAAACACAGAGUCGAAGAAACCGGUUAGCGAGGGUUGCUUAUAAAUGUACCAAGACAGCGGCUGCAGCAGCAGUAGCAGUCGACGCGGCAGCAGCAGUGCAGCAGCAGCAACAUCUACAGCAGCAACUGCAGCAGAAACUGCAGCAGCAGCAGCAGCAGCUGCAACAACCAGCAGCAGCGACGAGGAAACACUCGAGACUCUGACGAUUAUAACGACCACCAUCACCGAUAGCGAUAUCCAUGCGACCACAACAACCACAACGGUUAUAGCCAGCGGUACGGCGACAACAGCGGCAGCGGCAGCGACAACAGCAACACUUGCCACACUUGCAACGCUCGCCAGCAACAGUGACAUCGAGGACAGCAGUCCGGUGGAGAGCGAGGAUAGCGAGGAGUGCGAGUAUAUCGAGAUCGAUUGCCAGACGAUCGCCCAGGAAGGCACUUCGCCAAGUGGCGGCAGCAGCAGCAGCGGCAAUGCGGUCUUGCUGCAACGCAGCAGCAAUAACCUCCAGCAGCAGCAGCAGCAGCAACAACAGCAGCAGCAACAUUUGCAACUGCAGCUGCAGCAGGCGGACGAGCGAUUGUUGCUCAAAAUCGGCUAUAUUGCAUCGCGUGUGCGCUGCCUGGCCAAGUACUACGGCGACUUCCGGCUGGUGAAUCCGUACAGUGCCCGCCGACAGAGGCGCCAAUUGCAGGAGAUCCUGCUGCGACACUCGAUCUUCGAUCCUGGCAAGGAGCACCAGCGGGCGAUUGUCUUGGCCGCGGCAACAGCGGCAAUUGCCGGUCCCCUGGCGGCCAUCGAUUGCGUCUGCGGCAGCAGUAGCAUCAGUUUAGAGGCAGUCAGCAGCAGAAGUCGCAGCAGUGAGCUGGAGGACGAUCAUCACGAGCAGGAUCAGGUGCCGGAGGAGCAGGAGCAGAAUCAGGGGGAUACCGAGGAUAACGACGAGGAGCAAGAGCAUCCGAGUGAAAAGCCAGAGAGAACAGACAUUGAGGAGGAGCCACCGCCGGCGAUUGCAGUGACCACCACCACAACGGCCACCGUGCGCCGGAAGUCCUCGAGCAGUUCCACCAUCAGCGGCACGGCCACCGUUUCCGGUUCCGUUUCGGUUUCGGCCUCCGCCUCGCAGUCCUUUUGCUCCAACAACAUCAAUCUGCUCGAGGAACUGCUCAUUCAGUUCUACGAGGAGCAGGAUCAUCGCAGCAACCUAACGGUGAUCCGACAUCAUCAUCAUCAGCAGCACCAGCAGCAGCAGCAGCAAAGGAUCACCAACAAUAAUAACAACAAUAACAAUUGCAACAGCAUACAGAACAACAACAACAUGUCGAAUCCUGCGGCCACAGCGGCAGCAACAGCAACGCCAUCAGUGGAACAACCGGCGACCUCGGGCACCACCAACAUCCACUUGCAACCCACCUCCCUGCCCGAUGGCAGCGAUAAUCCGCGCCGCCGCCGGGCCAGCGAUUGCUCAGCGGUCCAGGCCGCCCUCCAGAAUCAGCUGCACUGCAUCACGCUGAAGAACAACAAUUGCGGCAAGGCGCUGCCCUUCCAUCGCGGCAGUUGCGGCGCCGCCGGUGAGCACCUGUUGGCCGCCAAUUCGAUAGCUAAUCGUGCCACCAUUAUCCUCAGCAAAUCCUGCAGCAAUGUGGAUGGUGAUGCCGCUGCCACAGCGGCAACCGCACUAAGUUCAACGGUUGGCGGUGGCAUUGGUGGCAGUAUAAAAAUGCGUGCCAGUGCCACAGAUAUCGAGACGAAUGCAUUGAACGGUGCCCGAGAUGCUAUCGUUGCAUCGAAUAACGGUAAUAACGGCAAUAACGGAAAUAACGGGAACAACGAGUACAGCAUCCUGCAGCUGAACAACACGAUCAUCCAGUGCCACUUCAACGACGAUGACUUUCGCGCCCUGGUCAAGGACCUCAAGCGCAAGGUCGAGUACACGGAGCGCAUGAACUGGCUAUGUCUCUCCAAACGACCGCUGGGCCCGCCGCAUCGUAAAAGCAGUCUACCAAAGCAUCAGGAGGUGAAGCGCCGCUUCCUGGAAAUUUGUGAUACGACCUUCUCGGAGGAGGUGAGGGCCGCCCUGCGCCUGCCGGCCUUCGAUUCCUACGAGUGGAGCGAUGCCGAUGUCAUCCAUCUCAUGCAGACCAUGUUCGUCGAGCUGGGAUUCAUCGAGAAGUUCAGCAUUCCGGUGGACACGCUGCGCGAGUGGCUCUAUGAGGUCUACAAGCACUACAACGAGGUGCCCUUCCACAAUUUUCGGCACUGCUUCUGCGUUGCCCAGAUGAUGUAUGCCAUAACGCGCCAGGCGAAUUUGCUGAGUCGCCUGGGCGACCUAGAAUGUCUGAUCCUGUUGGUGUCCUGCAUUUGCCACGACCUCGACCAUCCUGGCUACAAUAAUAUCUACCAGAUCAAUGCCCGCACCGAGCUGGCUCUCAGAUACAAUGACAUCUCACCGCUGGAGAACCACCAUUGUUCGAUAGCGUUCCGCCUGCUGGAGCAUCCCGAAUGCAAUAUAUUCAAGAACUUUAGCCGCGACACCUUCAAUAACAUUCGCGAGGGCAUCAUCCGGUGCAUUUUGGCCACGGACAUGGCCCGUCACAAUGAAAUCCUCACGCAGUUUAUGGAGAUAACGCCCAUCUUCGACUAUAGCAACCGUGCCCACAUCAAUUUGCUCUGCAUGAUCCUGAUCAAGGUGGCGGACAUUUCGAACGAGGCGCGACCCAUGGACGUGGCCGAGCCCUGGCUGGACCGCCUGCUCCAGGAGUUCUUUGCCCAGAGUGCGGCCGAGAAGUCCGAGGGAUUGCCGGUGACGCCCUUCAUGGAUCCGGACAAGGUCAGCAAGCCGGGCUCGCAGGUCCGCUUCAUCGGACUCGUUCUCCUGCCACUUUUCGAGGCCCUAGGCGAACUGGUGCCGGAGCUAACCGAGCUCAUCAUCAUACCCGUGCGCAUCGCCCUAGAGUACUACAGGCGCCUCAACGAUGCCCAGACAAAAACACGCAAAUCGGUGGCGGACAGCAAUACGUCUGCAACCUCCGAUAGCAACAGCGGCACCAUCGAUUCCAAUGCGGCGAUGGUCAGCACUCCGGGCGGCGCUAGCGAUAAGCUCAGCCUGGACAAGGGACAGGGCAAUUCGCAGGGCUCCGGCGGCGGAGGAGGAGGAGGAGCCGGUGGUGCUGGCGGUGGGACAGGAUCUGGAUGCGGCGGAGGCGGCAGCAAUGCCGCUGGUAGCGUAUCGCCACAAAUGCCGCGCUCCGGAUCGGGGAUCAGUGUUAAGUCGCGACGCAGCAUUCCAUCGCAAAAGUCCGCCUCGAGGACGUCCGUGGAUGAGCCCGGAGGAAUGGCGGCGGAGCUCCACGAUUUGCCGGAGGGCAGCGAGAGCGGUGACUCGGAGACGGCCACCGAAGUUGAUGUGGCCGAGAAGACGUCCAAGUUCAAGGUGGACACCGAGGGCAGCAGCAACCGGAGCAAGUCCUCGCACUCGACCUCACGGAAAUCCUCCCGCGAGAAGCGUCCCUCGAUGAUCGGCGAACUGUGCAGCAGUGGCGGUGGCCAGCGGAUCCGGAACUCGUACGGCAACAUCCAUGGCUAUCACAGCAAUCGCUGUCACUUUGGCAACAAUCGGGCGGUCAGCCUGGAUCAGUAUAGUAGUGCCGGUAACAAUCGCCGCCUCUCGGACGGACUGCCGCAGGUGAUCUCGGACAGCAAUGUUUUCUACGGCCGGCACAAUCGGAGCAGCACGGAGACCACCGGCGCCGGCGGUGUGGCUGUUGGCAAUCCGCAGGACACCAAUGCGAAUACCAAUCAUCCGGUCGGAUGUCAGCUGAAGGAGCUAUUGGCCCGCACCGAGGCGGAAUCGGAGGGUGAGGGCGAUGGCAAUGGCAGAGAGGACAAGAAGAUUCCAUUGGUCAUACCGUCGAUGCCGCAGCUGGCCACAUCAUCGAACGGUAACAUAUCGCCGACCCUGGUGGUCACCGAGCAAAUCCUGCCCAGCAACGGCAGCACACGGAGCAGCGCCAGCAGUGGCCGUGGCGGCUCUGGAGUACCUGGAGGAUCGGGUGGCUCUGGGAUGCCAGGACCAUCGGCCGGUUCUGGAAGUUCCUGGAAAUCGAGACUGCGCCAGUUCUCCGAUUACUUUAGCUUCAGCUUCGAUAAGAGCAACAAGCGCUUCGGCAGCACACGUAGUAGUCCGUGUCCCGGUUCCAAUUCCAGUUCGGGACGGACCAACAACAAUGCCAAUGGAUUGGGUGAAAAUCAGGACGGAUUGGGAGCAGGAGGAGGCAUAAAGCCGGGCAUGUGCUGCACCACCAUCACCAAUAGCUCAGGAUCCACGGUAAAAGGCGAGACGAGAGGAGGAACCGCAGGCGCAGGCGGCGGAGCUCUGACCACCAUGACCACCGGAAAUGAUGCCCAUCAGCGUCAUCGCGCCUACAGCCUGGAUGUGCCCGGCAUGAUGAGAUACUCCUCCAACGACAGCAGUCGCCAUCCCAGCAAUAAUACGCUUCAGAGUGCGGGUGGCGGUGCUGGCUUGACCACCGGAUUAGAGGUCACUGCCCAACGAGUGCCGCCCAGCUUGAGCGUGGAAAUGGGCCUGGCCAGCGGCUCAUCAUCAGAGGCGGGCCCAAAGAUUUGACAACAGGGGAGCACCAGGCAGGAUGCGGUAGCCAUUAGCAAGGGCUACGACGGGGCCGUUGAGCAACAGGAGGUGGAGGAGGAGGAGGAAGAGCAGGAGGACGAUGACGAGGAUGAGGGCCGCGAGGAGCACCGCCAGCUGCAGCGGCAUCAGCAGCAGCCGGACGCCUCGUCCAGCUGCGAGGUGUCCUCCAUGUCGAUGACCGUGUGGUCGGCGAUUGGUCAGCGUUUGAACGCCCUCGUCUGCCAUUGCUGCGAACGCAAAUUACCGGAACCAGAAAAUGUCUAAGUGGGUGGAAAGGUGGGCCAGGCUUAAUCCACAACCCAUCACCACCCAUUCAAGAUGCAAUCAAAUGCCCCAUCCCAUGCCCUCAAUUUUAGCAGCUGGGGGUUCCUUGGCUUUCACAGCCUUUGACGACUUUGCCUGGUAGCUUAGGUUUACGUUUAACUCCUAGCAAAUUACAUUAGGUUUCCACAGAUUUUACUCUCUUGUUUUGUUUUUUUUUUUAAUUAAAUAUUAUUUUAUAUUUUUAUCUUGUUACCUUUUAAGUAUUUUUAUUUAUGUACAUGCGCAUACACACACACACAAAUAUAUAUACAUCUAUUAUUAUUGAACUAAUUUGCUGUUGUGUGGGUAGAAAAACUACAAGCUGCAUAAACAAAUUUGAAAGCAUUGCAUAACGUUGGUAGUUCGUGAAAGAUCAUAUCAAGCGAGCUAAAUGCAUUAACGACAUUGCCACCGAUAAUAGUUCACUACUAAGUGAGCAUGGCAAUGAAAGAGAACUAACUUAGUUAACUCCUUUGAUUCUGAUGAAUACUGUUUUUUGCUGCAAUUUUCCGUGCCAGUGAACUCUCAGAAAAUCAACAAUGCGAGGCGUCCAGGAUUCCAGACACCAAAAAAAAAAAGGAAGUUGGGGCCUUCAGUUUCGCUCCCAUGCGAAAUUCACGUCUAAUUACGCAAAACAAAUUUGGCCCAUUGAAGUGCAUGGUACGGGAAUAUAGCUGCAUCGAUGUAUGCAACAGGCAUGGUCGCUGGAUUUAUCCGAUGUAUGUAGAUUCAGUCGCAGUCGACUAAUUCCAUUUGCUUGUAGCUCGUUGCUGUUCGCCCGCUUUUGCCCAAUUUUUUUUUGUUCAUUUGGUUCGAUUUUUGCACGUGGGAUGAAAGUCGCUGCAGCGGGAUGCCCCCAGGAGCAAUGUCCAUGGCCAAACGAUUGGAUUGUGCAGCCGCAGCUGUUGAUGUUGCUGCUGCUGUUGCUGCUGCUGCUGCGGGGGCAUUGGUGUUGCUGAUGACGCUGAUGGCAGCACUCAAUUAGAAGGCACAGUGGGAGAUGCCGUUCUUUCGAUUAUGCACGAUUUUCCGGCAGCAAAUCUCAGCUGCUAAAUACGUUUCUAAAAAUGAGAAUCCUUUGGGAGGUGGUGGUGGGCCAGCAGACAAAAAAAAAACAAAUAUCAAUUUGCAUUCGAUAAUGGAAACACGAUUGAGGCCAACUGCAUGCAUUCACAUAUCCCAGAAAAAUGCAGAGAAUAUGAAAAAUCCAAGUUAAUUAUAAUCAAUGUACAUUGCUGUAUGUAAUUAUGUUACAUAUAGUUCAACACACUCACACACACACACACACACAUGCGAAUGCAGAGCAAUGCAAAAAUGAUUGCAUACUUUGCAGGGCGAGCUCUGAUUGGCGAAGACGAAACUUGAAUUCAAUUACGAUAUGGCAACGCAGAGAUAUAUAAAAAAAAAAGAAAAAGAGCAGAUUUAAUUAAAUAUGUACUAUGCUGCGGCGAGACCAAGCUGGUCCUUGGAUACAGAUAAAGCUAUAUUUACUGAAACAAUUAAAAAGAGUUGUAUUGUUUUUUUUUUGAAUGUGUGUAAUUAAGUGGGCACUUAUUGAGCGUUCAAUUCGAUGAAAGUGUUAAGAGGCAUAUUUAUUCGGUGUACAUUUGGGUGUCUAGUGAAUCGCAGCUAAUACUCUUUACUAAUUGUGCAUUGUAAUUGCAAGCUGCAGCAUAUAUGUAUGUACCUAGAUGUGUACGUGUCAUUUUCUCUCUAAGUUUUGUGUACGUUUGUUGUAGUGCGUAAGUAAUGAAGUACUAAACAUAUAUGUAUAUAACAUGCACAUACAUAUACAUAUAUAUAUAUAUGUAAACCAGAAUGCAUCAGUGUAUGCCCGGCUAAGUAAUUCUCUGCGUGUGGAUCUCCGCUCGUUGUGUAUUUUCUGUAGUUAGACUCGAGACUAGCAGCCUAAUUAUAAGUUUAUCGAAUGUAUUCGUGUAUGUACCUUCCAGUCCCCGCACUUCAAACAGUUUUCUGUUGGUGGCCCUGCGAAGACUGAGCAGGACACUAUAUAUACUACACAUGGCGCCCGAGCAGGGACUGCAUGGCGUACACCCAGCAUCAACUAGCUAAAUGGUAAAUGAAAACAAGUAAAAUCCCUUGGCGGCUAACUCGACUCCUAGAUGUAAGACUCUACCUAAACAAACCACUCGAAAUUAGCUAACACUUCAAAUUGAUUUGUUGCCUUAUGAUACUACAACUACUACAACUACUACUGUACUGCAUUACAGCUGUGUGAGUGAGUGAGUGGGUGCUCAGCGCCGGAAAACUCCACUUAAUUGGUCACAGCGUUUUAUAUUGUUCAUGCCACCAACUUCCCUUGUUUGAAUGACAAAACAUAAAGACUAAAACUUGAAUUUAAACAAAAUCAACAACAACAAAAAAAUAUGAAAAA